AUGUCGUACAGAUCGCGUCGUCGUGACGCCGGCCACGCCAAAGCACCUAUGACCCUGCAGUGGUCAUCGAUGUUAUCUUCUACAGCUACUCCUUGCGCUACCACUUUCCAAACGAAUACUAAUGUACCAGUAUCCUCAUCACUUUUCUCGAUCUCACCAAACUUCUCCAUGGAUCGACUACAGUAUCCGCUUCUUGCACCGGCUGUCCCUCUACUCUACGAUCAGUUGGCGCUAACCUGUACGUCAUCACCUUGGACUGUAAGCGCAAUUACUUUCGAGAAUCUCAACAACAGCUUUUCAGUAGGAGCAUGGCAAACAUGGGGCAAAAUGCGACGUCCUCGCACGGCAUUCACCAGCGAGCAACUGAUCGAACUGGAGCGCCAAUUCAGCGAGAACAAGUACCUCAGCCGACCAAGACGAUAUCAACUCGCACAAGAGCUUUGUCUUACCGAAACCCAGGUGAAGAUUUGGUUCCAAAACCGUCGCAUGAAGAACAAACGCUGUCAAGCACCCCUCAUCAGUCCUCAAACGUCCGAACAGUCACAGGUUUAG